AUGGACGAUGCCGCGGUCCUAAGGAAGAAGGGUUACAUCGUGGGAAUCAAUCUGGGCAAGGGCUCCUAUGCAAAAGUCAAAUCUGCCUACUCUGAGCGCCUUAAGUUUAAUGUGGCAGUCAAGAUUAUCGACCGCAAGAAAACACCCACUGACUUUGUGGAGAGAUUCCUUCCUCGAGAGAUGGACAUCCUGGCAACUGUCAACCACCGCUCCAUCAUCAAGACAUAUGAGAUCUUUGAGACCUCUGAUGGGCGCAUCUACAUUGUCAUGGAGCUUGGGGUCCAGGGUGACCUGCUCGAGUUCAUCAAGUGCCGAGGGGCCCUGCAUGAGGAUGUAGCACGUAAAAUGUUCCGCCAGCUCUCCUCAGCUGUCAAGUACUGCCAUGACUUAGAUGUUGUCCACCGAGACCUCAAGUGCGAAAACCUUCUCCUUGACAAGGACUUCAACAUCAAGCUGUCUGACUUCGGCUUCUCCAAGCGCUGCCUGCGAGACGGGAGCGGGCGCAUCGUCCUCAGCAAGACCUUCUGUGGGUCGGCUGCAUAUGCAGCCCCCGAGGUGCUGCAGGGCAUCCCCUACCAGCCCAAGGUGUAUGACAUCUGGAGCCUGGGUGUGAUCCUCUACAUCAUGGUCUGUGGCUCCAUGCCCUACGAUGAUUCUGACAUCAAAAAGAUGCUGCGCAUCCAGAAGGAGCACCGUGUGGACUUCCCCCGCUCCAAGAAUCUGACAAGCGAAUGCAAGGACCUCAUCUACCGUAUCCUGCAGCCAGAUGUCAACCGACGGCUGCACAUUGACGAAAUUCUCAGCCACUCAUGGCUGCAGCCCCCCAAGCCCAAAGCCAUGUCUUCUGCCUCCUUCAAGAGGGAGGGGGAGGGCAAGUACCGGGCUGAGUGUAAACUGGAUACCCGGCCAGGUACAAGGCCCGAGCACCAGCCUGACCACAAGUUGGGGGCCAAAACCCAACACCGACUGCUGGUGGUGCCUGAAAAUGAGGACAGGAUGGAGGAAAGGCUGGCUGAGACCUCCAGAGCUAAAGACCAUCACAUCACCGGAGCUGAGGUUGGGAAGGCAAGCACCUAG